UAUCUUUUUCCAUUCACUCCCACUCCCUCACCUUCCAAUUCUCUAUCUCCAUGGCCACUACCUUCUCUUCCAAACCUCAAACACUCUCUCUCGUCUCUUUUGCUCCACUCGCCUCCCAUUUCUCUUCUCGCCGCUGCACCAACUUCCUCCUCGGUUCCACCCGCAGCUUCAGGCCGCCCGGACUUCGUUCGCGACGCCGAUGUCGGAAACUUUCUGGAUUUCAGUUCCGCUCUCACUCUUCCGCCUUCCACCCCGUAGCCUAUCUGGACUCGCAGGUGGCCGUCGUCGUCGCUGCAGUCGUCACAAUCUCUGCUCUUACAAUUGUAUAUUUACGCGUUUCUAGAAAGAGCCCCAAUACCGAGCAGGCACCUGGUGGGCUAGCAGUAGCAUUUCUUCAACAAAUAAGAAAUAAGGUGAGGUUAAUUGUGGAUGAAUUUUUUCGUCCUACAGACACAUGGGAGGAGAAAGCUGAUGGUAAUUUGGAAAGGGAAAUGGCAGAAAUCAGCCAUGAACACGAAACUAUCGUGGAAGUGAUGCAAUUCAGUCAAAAUGGUUCAGUGGGAAGCCUAGUUAAUGAAGUUGAAUCUCCCCAUCUCACUACAUCGACUUCUAAUGUGACUGAUUCUUUAGUCUCAGGAGAAUCUGAAGAUGCUGUCUCAAUAGAUGCAUUACCCACUACUUUUGUGGCAGAAGCACAUAAAGUGCACCUGAUAGAAUAUUUACAAGAAAGUAAGAUCACUACCAACUUGCCCAAGGUUGUAGUCAGUUCAGAUUCUAGUGCUGCAACUGAUUUAGUGGAAAAAGUGGAUGAGAUUGUUAGACCAGAGCAUGAACUCGUUGCUGACAACAAAAUUAGUACUCAUAACAUUUUCUUCAGAGGACCUGCACGGGAAGAACUUUACACAUUCUAUGAGGCUGAGGCAUCUGCUGGAAAUUUGGAAAGUCUAGGAAAUUCAUUUUCUAGUGCAUCCUCUGAAAGGAGAACUUACCUUUCACCCUUUUCAAAAGGCUUGGCAGUUAGUGCAGCAAAAAGUUCCUCGCCAUAUUUUCUUUACCCUGCAGAGAACUCUAAUGUCAAAAGGUCCCCUGGAAAUUACAAAGGUGGUGCAUCUGAGGAAAAGGAAAAAUUGGUAAAAAGGAAGGAAAUUUCCAAUAAGAAGGAAAUAUGCAUUCUACAACCAAAUAGUACCAACAAAUUCUUUCAGUCCCCUGAUCUAAAGGGGAAGAAUGAAUAUAGCAGACAUCAUAUAUCGGAGCAAAUCAGUGCUUAUCAUAAAUUCUUGAGGAAUGGAAGAUUGACAGACUGCAUGCAAAUCCUUGAAGAUAUGGAUGAUGAUGGUUUACUAAAUAUGGACAAAGUUUAUCAUGCGGGUUUUUUCCAAGCUUGUAAAAAUAAAAAAGCUGUUGAGGAAGCUUUUCGUUUCAUGAAACUUAUCCAUAACCCAACAUUAAGCACAUUUAAUAUGCUUUUGUCAGUCUGUGCAAGCUGUCAAGAUCUGGAAGGAGCUUUUCAGGUUCUUCAAUUUGUCCAGGAGGCUGGACUAAAUGCUGAUUGCAAACUCUACACCACUCUUAUAACAACUUGUGCAAAAAGUGGAAAAGUUGACACAAUGUUCGAGGUUUUCCAUGAAAUGGUUAAUGCUGGAGUUGAACCAAAUGUCCAUACAUUUGGUGCACUUAUUGAUGGUUGUGCUAAAGCGGGGCAAGUUGCCAAGGCUUUUGGUGCUUAUGGCAUAAUGAGAUCUAAGAAUGUGAAGCCAGAUCGUGUUGUGUUUAAUGCACUUAUCACAGCAUGUGGUCAAUCUGGAGCAGUGGACCGGGCAUUUGAUGUCUUAGCAGAAAUGAGGGAGGAAACACAUCCUAUAGACCCUGAUCAUAUCACCAUUGGGGCUUUGAUGAAGGCAUGUGCCAAUGCUGGUCAGGUUGAUCGGGCACUAGAUGUUUACAAUAUGAUUCAUGAAUAUAACAUCAAGGGCUGUCCAGAGUUAUACACAAUUGCUGUAAAUAGUUGCAGUCAAAAUGGUGAUUGGGAGUCUGCGUGCAAUGUCUACAGUGAUAUGACCAAGAAAGGCAUUGUUCCAGAUGAGAUGUUCAUCAGUGCAAUGGUAGAUGUUGCAGGGCAUGCUGGUAAACUGGAUACAGCAUUUGAAGUAUUAAAAGAAGCCAGGAACAAAGGAAUAAACACUGGAACAAUUUCAUACAGCUCAUUGAUGGGAGCAUGUUGUAAUACGAAAAACUGGCAGAUGGCCUUGAAGUUGUAUGACGAAAUCAAAGAAAUGAACUUGAAACGAACAGUUUCAAUGAUGAAUGCCCUGGUAACUGCAUUAUGUGAUGCGGAUCAAUUACAGAAAGCUCUGACUGUUUUAUUUGAGAUGAAGAGAGAGGGGCUACCCCCAAACAGCAUUACAUACUCCACAUUGUUGGUGGCAAGUGAAAAGACAGAUGAUCUAGAUACUGGCCUCAUGCUUCUGUCUCAGGCAAAAAAGAAUGGUGUUGCACCUAGCCUUAUUAUGUGCAGGUGCCUAAUUGCUAUGUGCUUAAGGCGGUUUCAGAAGGCUUGUACACUUGGUGAGCCUGUUUUGGCUUACAACUCAGUGCAGCUACAGCUUAACAGCAAAUGGACAUCACUGGCCUUGAUGAUCUACCGAGAAACAAUUGCUGGUGUGGCACCCACAAUGGAAGAACUUUCACUAGUUUUGGGUUGCUUACAGCUUCCUCGCAAUGCAAGCUUAAAAGAACAACUUGUUGAGAAUCUUGUGUUUACUGUUGAUGCAUCAAAAGGUUCGAACUUGUGCUCAUUGGUUGAUGGAUUUGGGGAAUAUGAUCCCCGUGCAUUUCAAUUGCUCGAGGAGGCUGCUUCACUUGGAGUUAUACCUUUGCCUUCUCUUAAAAGUAGUCCAAUUGUUGUUGAUGUGAGAGAUUCACAGAUUCAUACAGCUGAGGUUUACCUUUUGGCGGUUUUAAGAGGUCUCAAGCAUCGCCUGGCUGCUGGUGUUAAGAUCCCAAAUAUCGCUAUUUUAUUACCUGUGGAGGAGUCACAGUUGCAGACUCCUGCUGGGGAGAAAACAAUUAAAUUUGCUGGAAGGAUAAGCCAGACAGUUGCUGCACUGUUGAGGAGGCUUGGAUUACCUUACAUAGGCAAUGAAUCACAUGGUAAAAUUCGAAUAAAUGGUGUUUCUGUGAAGAGGUGGUUGCAGCCCAAGGUUGACCCUCCAUUUGGUUGGAAACGAACAGAUCUGAGCUUGUCCGAGACACGCCUAGGUAAAGGAAUAGCUCAUCAACAGAGAAAAAUUCGUACUGGCUAUCUGUCCUUAGAGUAGAAAGUUUCGGGAGAAUAAUGCCAAGUGGGAAAUGCAUUUCCACAACAAUCUGGUGUUCUGGCUUAAAUAGCUGUGCUCUUGGCACAUUCUGCAACUAGCAGAUGUAGUCUGAGUGUGCUAUUGUUGACAAAGGACAGUGUCUUGCGGCAGUGCUAACACUAAGGCAAUUUUGACUGAGAAAUCAAGUGGGAUUCUAGAAAUUGUGAAUGGUUUUUUUUUUUUUUUUUUCCUUGUGUAAUUUACUUUUGAUGUUAAAAUAGAAAUUAAUAAAUGCUAAUAAAAUAUAUAGUGUGGUUGCGAUUGCUGUGAAA